UGUAUAUUGAAAGAUACUUUCAUUUCUGUAGUUUCAAUAACACCCGAUCAAGAAUUUAACGAUGUUGCCUAUAGGUGACGUAAUUGUUCUAAUUAAAAAUAAUACUUUAUUUAUGCUUUUGCAAUAAAGCGUUUUUUUGUAUUCAUUUUCCAGUAAAUUAGUGGAACUUGAAUUAUUUUACUUCAUUAUACCCUUAAAACAAAAGUGAAAGUAAUGUUGCACGCACGGCUACCCGAUUUCUGAUGAAAAGCAUUAUUCAAGGAAUUAAACAGUACAUUUAUUUGCUAAUUGGCGUUAUCCAUUCAUUUAAGUUUUAAAAAGGGGCUACGGUCACGGAAUAUGUCUUUUAAAGUUGGACUUCUGGUUGUUGGCUAUUUCGCUGCCUCUGUAUUGGGGUCCGGUGCUGAUGUAGUGUUAUCCUGCUCUCUGGUCGAGGAGGGAAUGGGAGCAGGGGGCUUUGGGGGUCUCUUUUCCCGUACACCAGCAACAUUAGUCCUGAGAGACCUGCCUGUGGUAGAAGAGAUGUCAACUGAGACUAUCACCCCCUACAACGCCCCCACAAAUCCUGACCCUAAUGACAUUAUCUUUGAAACCAAAGUUGCAUCAAUCGAAAUCCCAGAAUCUGAGCUGCUGCUGCAUGCCGAUUGCAAUGAGCAGGAAGUGACCUGUGAGAUUAGUCCCUACUUUCCCCAAGGAACAGAGGAAGAGAGCAAUCAGGCCUAUUUCAUUGGAUCGGUGCAGCUGGAAGGCGGUGGAAUCAGCCUCAGUUUGGUGCUCCGAACCCUUCCUCUUGGCCACGAGGGGCACGAGUCUGUAACCUCACCGCUUAUGCAGAAAAAACUGGGACUUCCUCUCAGCCAGUCAGGGACGCUGCUGACAGAAGUCCCAUUCCUGGUGUUCUCUCGUACGCUGUCUGUCAUGGCUCCUAUUGGGGGUGAGGCACUUUUAGACUGUGGCUUCAAACUUCAAGGCCAUACUCCCGAACAAGAAAUAGGUCUUGAAUGGCGCUUGCAGCACAAAGGACAUGGAAGGAGAAUUCUGGAGAUGAAAGCAUUGGGUAGUGAUGAGGAGCCCACAGUCACUGUAGAGAGAAAUGGCUCAAGUGUGGACCCUGACUUGGCCCUGAGAGAUAGGAAUGUGUCGCUGUCCCUGAUAAAGCUAAACGCACCUGAUGAGGGAACUUACAUCUGCACCGUGAUGUCUGGCCUGUUCCAGGCCCAGCAGGUCAUGCAGCUCCACGUCGUCCAGCCUCCUCGAGUCUCUCUUUCCGUUGACGAAGUGGUGCCUCACGAUGACUUACCCCAAAGGGUGAGCUGCCAUUGUGAGCGGUAUUACCCUCUGGAUGUCCAGGUGGAGUGGCUUUCCCUUCCCCCUGGUGCCUCCGAGCCUAUCCCACUCUCCAAGGAUGUGUCUCUCUCGAGCCACCGGCAGUACAGUGAUGGGACUCUGUCACUCUCAUCCUAUCUCACUCUUUGGCCCUCUGACCAGCCGCCCGGGACUACCAUUACCUGCCAAGUCUCACAUCAAUCCUUGGCCACGCCCCUCUCCCUCAGUUUUGUUGUGUCAGCCCCCAAGUCUGGCCAGACUUACCUGAUGAUAGUGGUUCUGCUGGGUGCAACUCUGCUGUUUGUCUUCCAGAUGCUGCGGAGUUAAAGGCUUCAUGUGCAUCUCCUGAAAGGUCCUGUUUGGAGGAAAUAUGACUGUCUGCAUAAUGUUGUGUUUCUUAAACUAAAUACAAAUAAUAGGCUACCUAAAGAAAACCUGUGAAUUAGAUUAAUUUAAAAAGGAAUAUACUAAAUAUACAGUAUUGUGCAAAAAAAAACAUAAUUUCUAAUUAGAAUAAUGUACAGUACUUCUAAUAUAUAGUAAAAUAAAGAGUACUGCAAAUUUCUUCUCUUCUUCUAAAAGUUGCUGACAUCUUGUUAGAUGGCUUGAAGAAUGAGUUCAUCAUCAUUGAUUAGCCAAAUGAGGGGUGCCAGUAGUGGUUUCGGCAAAUACCUGGGUAUUACUGGACAAUUUUUGCAAGUACUGUGGGGCUCAAGGAGAGGUUAAGAUAUGAAUAAGGUGGUGUAGCACUUCGACAGGCAUAGAAUCAUAUGGCAAUCAAUUUAGUCCAACAUGAACGUAAUUUUUUGUGGAUGUCUAAGACUUUUGCACAGUACUGUAAGUACUACUGUAGUAAGAAAAGGAUAUGAAUGAAGUUUAAAAAACUGCAUUGUAAAUGUUCAUGAAUUUUGUCAUUGCUGUGUAAAUUCUUUUGUUAAUGACAAUGUUAGUGACAUAUUCUGGAAUAUAUCACAUGCUGUUAGCAACAUAUUUUGGAAUUAUGUGGACUGUUAUGGGAGUAAUUCCUGGCCUGAGGGUUCCAGUUGCAUCCCUGGGUUUAUGUUUUCGGACUUUUCCUGUUCUCCUGCAGUCCAAAAACAGGCAUUUCAGUGUACUGGUGUGUGUGUGAGGGCAUGUUCCUUGUGAUGGACUGGGAUCCUGUCGGGGGUGUUCCUAGUACAGGCUACAGAUCCAUCAUGACCCUGUACUGUAUAUUUGGUUAUGAUAGAUGGAUAGAUGAAUACUGUUGGGCUGGUGUAAAUGGCUUAAUUUUUAAAAUAUUUUUUAUUGGAGGAAUGAAAAUGAAAAGCUAAAAUAAAAACCUCAAAACA